GGAGGCAAAAACCGACAUGGGGGAAAUUUAAGCAAGGUUUUGGAAUAAUUUUGUCUCCGAUUUCGGUUGCACUAGCCAUCUGACCCCGACAAAAAGUGACAUGAAACCCUAAGGAACGUCGAAGGAACGGAAUAUUAGCCGUUGGAAUCAUUCUUGAAACAAUAGCAUCGUUCACAAGUUAACUACAGUUAGUUUGACGCCAUUUUGUAAACUAUCCUUUUUCUGGCAGAAGGGACAUAAUUCACCAAUAAAACAUGACGAAUCUCGAAGGAAACAAUCGCAAAUGGACGCAAGACGAAAUCAUAAACAAUACAAGAAACGUUGUACGUGGAUUAGAGACCUUGAAAAAUGAACAUUCAGGAAUCUUGAGCAACCUUAAUUCGGAUCGUGGUGGAUCAUCGGAUUUGGAGAAGGAGAAGGGCUCUAUCGUCCAAGAAUCAAUCGAGAAGAUCGAGUUAGGACUAGGAGAAGCUCAGGUAAUGAUGGCACUUUGUAGUCACCUCAGCACUGUUGAAGCUGAAAAGCAGAAACUGAAAGCACAAGUGCGAAGGCUUUGUCAAGAGAAUGCCUGGCUCAGAGAAGAACUGUCAGUCACUCAACAGAAACUACAAGAAAGUGAGCAGAAAGUGGCUCAGUUGGAAGAAGAAAAGAAACACUUGGAAUUCAUGAACUCUAUAAAAAAAUAUGAUGAUGUAAGCAUCUUUCAGUUCUUCCUUCUUCCCAUUUUGGUGUUUUUAAUUCACCUUUCAACAAGCAACUCCUGUGCAGUGCUGAAGGGAAGACAUUCAGUUGGAAAAAAAUUCAAAUACAAUAUCGUUCACCCAGCAGUAGAUCUCCCUAAAAGUGUCCUUUGGGACAUAUUAAAUUUCCUCAUGAACCCCGUGCGACACAUUAUUGAGGAUGACGAAAGCUUGGAUAGAAUUCACAUCAGGAGUCUGGGACUUGUGUGUGGUGCCACCUCUGAAGUUUCCAUUACGGACAGUGGUAUGACAGACAGUGAGCUGUCAUUAGUGUCUGGUAUCAUGUUUGAGCAACAUGAAAAGCUCAGCCAACGGAUGGAUACUGUUGAAGAGACAUUUUGCAGAGACCAAAACAAAUAUAAAGAGGCGGCCAAUUUGCUUCACGAUGCACUGACGAUUAGAGAAAAGACACUCGGCGAGGAUCAUCCAGCGGUGGCUGCGACUCUUAACAAUCUAGCGGUGCUUUACGGCAAGAGAGGCAAAUAUAAGGAAGCUGAGCCCCUUUGCAAGAGAGCCCUGGAAAUACGCGAAAAGGUACUCGGCAAAGACCAUCCCGAUGUAGCCAAGCAAUUGAAUAACUUGGCUUUGUUGUGCCAGAAUCAAGGAAAAUACGACGAGGUUGAACAGUACUAUCAACGGGCUUUGGAAAUUUACACCACCAAACUUGGCCCAGACGAUCCUAAUGUGGCGAAAACGAAGAACAACUUGGCGUCCGCAUAUUUGAAACAAGGAAAAUACAAAGCGGCUGAAACGCUGUACAAGCAGGUGCUCACCCGAGCCCAUGAGCGGGAAUUCGGGCCUGGUACCGAAUCAUCUCUGGAAGAUGACGGUAAACGCGGGAAAGACAACGCGCCAUAUGGCGAGUAUGGUGGUUGGCAUAAGGCGGCCAAAGUGGACAGCCCUACUGUCACCACCACCCUCAGGAAUUUGGGAGCGUUGUACCGCAGGCAGGGCAAGUUUGAAGCAGCGGAGACGCUCGAGGAGUGUGCGCUGAGAUCACGACAGAAUGCCCUAGAUGUUGUUCGUCAGACUAAGGUCGCUCAACUUUUAGCUGAAGAUGUCGGCGGUGCAUCAUUUUCAUCCAGCAGUGUGGCUUCGUCCUCUUCCUCUUUGAACGGCAAUGGAAGCAAGUCCUCAAUAGAACCAGAAAGAGAUGAUCCAAACGACGACAAAAAGAACGGAAAACGCGAGAAGACAUUUUCACGCCUCAAGAGAACGUUGAGCAGCCGUGGUCAAAAGCUGAUGGAAAAGAUGGGUGCCAGUGGUACAAGGCUUCAGCGGUCGUCGUCGCGUGACAACCUAGCCCAUCAUGCCAAGCUGUCGCCGUCGGAGAGGAUUUCUCGUAGCACCCCCAUGCUCGCACAGCCACAACCUGAUCCCGACCGGAUAAGGUCAGGGAGCGUUAGCACCAGGGGUACCCCGUUGGGGCCUUGACGAGUAGUACCAGGAUACCCUGCGGAGGACUUGUCGAGUUAAUAUCUGGGGACGGGAAGGAGACCAACUAUUUGAUAGUUUUUACCAAAUUAAAAUUUAUUGGACCAAAUUUGCUCUUGAAAUUAGUUUUUAGUCGAUUUGAGGUUCAGUUUUUGGUGGAGAUGGUUAAAUUAAUUGUCAAAAAAAUAUGCGGAGACCUAUUAAGUCAUCUAAGUUUUGGGAAGAGAGGUUACCGUUAAAUUGAUACGUCAACGGUUCGCCAUUGUGUCAAAAUAAAUCCAGAAUUUAUUUCUUCACUAUGAAAA